CUCGCAUCAGCUGUCUCCCUCCCCGACCAAGACACCGUCUCCUCCCCUCCGGCAGAACCCACCCUGAAGCGCAAGUCGUCGAUCACCGAUCCCGACGCGAAACGUCGCCGGUUAAGCUCCCACUCCCACGCCUCCAACGAUGCGAAUCCGAAUGACCACGAGAAAGAGAACCUCGAAUCCGGGAGGGAGCAGAAACAACGGAGAGGAGGACGACGGGAUGAAGAGCGGAAACGCGGUCAGCGGUUAUUCGGAGCGCUGCUGGGGACGCUUUCUCAGAGCUCGAAUUCGACUGCUCAGAGGCGACGCGCGGAUAUUGAGCGGAGACAGCAGGAUAAGCUUAAGGUGCAGGAUGAGGAGUAUGAUGAGCUGAAGAAGAAGCGGAGGGAGGAGAGACUAGUGAUUCGGAAGAAGGAGCAGAAGCUUUAUGAGGAGGAAGCGAUGCGUACCCGACACUCGAAUUUAUUAGCAAUGGCUCGUUUUCUAAAGACCAGGACAGAGCCGGUAUUGUACUACAAACCUUGGGAACUACAACGCGAAGACGAAGAUAUCAUCCAGGAUCAAAUCGAGGAUACAGAGAAAACGGUUGCCCGAGAAGUCGCCGAAUUCGAAGCCCGUUAUCCACCGCCACAGCAGACCGAAGAGGAGAAUCCGCCAGAAACAAAGCCGAAACCCCAGGUAGGCAAAGAAGUGGAGGAGGACAAACCGGCGGACCACCCGGCCCCAGUGCCCGAAGUCGAAUCAGAACGCAAGAAUGAGACCAGGGAGCCCCAGGAGACAACACAUGAGGCAUCAGACAGGGUGGAUGCUGAAACUAACCGCGAUCAAAGCUUUGAAGACAAUAAUCAACACGCUAGAACUACCCAUGAGCCACAACCCGAUCCUAGCGAAGCCGACCAUCCGGACGACGGCGGUGAGGUAGUCGAGGAGGACAAUGAGGACACGGUGAUUUAUUAA